UCUUACCGAGGUCUUUCCUGUGAAAAUUCGCUUUAUUUAAAAUUGAAAACAAGCAUAACGUCAGUGUUUUCAACCACACAACUUACUAUUAUUCAUUUUAUUUAACUUAAACAUUCUACAAAUUCAAUUUAAGGAAUAAUUGUUUUUGAUUUGAACAACAGACACUCGAUUAGGUGCCUUCUGCAAAUGAAAGGGUCAAAUUAGCAAUGUUAUACACAUUUUCACCUCAAAAGAUGUAUAGAAUUUUUAAAGUAAUUACAGUCUAAUUUGUAAGCAAGCCAAGCUCCGUUGAAAGCUUUUUUGUGUCCGUUUACAGCUGUCCAAGCAGAUCUAGAAGUUGCUCUUGGCUAACGUGGUACAUUAAAGGUAUUCCAAAAAAAACAAUUGCCUACAGAUAGUUCGCCAAGCAAAUAGGGUUCGAGCGAUUCCUUCAGCCACCGUGUGAGUAUGGCAAGUACCGGUCGUGAUGCGAUCAAUGUCAUUCCCCUAGAAUAGCGAAGUAAUUAACUAAAAGGAAGCCUGCCGUAUCACGUCGAGAUUCAACACGUAACGGCGCUUCGAAUAAACUGAAUCUGAUUGAAGAUAGCUUUCUUGCAAUCGAGUUGACCACUCUCGUUCCUACUACUUUUCACCAUAUUCCGUUUUAGCUUGCGCAAAGAAGACUGGGGGCGCCAGCAGCGUCGGCAACGGCGUCUGCUCCAAAGGGCGGUCUGCCCCCUGAUCGAAGAAGACGUUCUGUGUCCCAUGGUCGAUCGGCCAUUGCACCAACGAAAAUUCGAAUUGAUGCGGCAAGAGAGCUGAACAACGCUAACAAAAUAUCCGGCCUAGGUCGCCUCGCUGACGUAUAGAGCACGCUACUGAAUAGUUUUUAUGACCUGAUUUCAGCUGCAUGCACUUGUGCGCAUAUUAUAGUAUUAUAAUACAUUUACUUCCAGAUACACAUAAAAGCAUGCUUCUCAACAAGAUUUAUUUGGAUUUAUUUGGUCGCACAGUACAGUGAUAUCGGUUAUAUGUACCUAUUUACCGAAAUUAUUUAUAUUUCACAUUUUUCCUUUAUAGCGCGCCUGAUAGACCAAGUUAUAGCUAUUCAUCCAUGCACUGACUGACUAAUUUUCCUAAAUCUUAAUAGGAAUAUAACAUUUACGGCAACUUAAACUUGUCGUCUUCUGUAGUCAAAUGCCCGCCGAUGAAGCAGACACACACAUUAUCAGCCGAUCUGAACUUGAAGCGAGAUGUUAUGUAGGGAUGUUCCAACUAAAUAUGCCCCUUUUGAGCGCAGACAGGUACUGCGCGGGGCCAAAAAAGGGACCGACACGGUUUAGUCGGUUCCACUUUCCUUCGCCGUCGAAGAGUUUGUAACCAAAGUCGAUGCUACCGCUGGUCUGUACCUCGUCUGAGCGACAGUACUGAACCUAACCUAGGGGACCGGGAGGGCACAAAUCCCUUUGCUUUUCUACGAAUGGGUACCCUUUCCUGCGCGGGUCUUUCCCACGGUAGGAAGAGAGUCUCCCCAGGCGCGCGGACCGGUAGCUACAGCGCGCAACUUGCGCGCGACCCCAAGCAAGCAGACUCCUGCAGUUUGGAUGAUGUUAUCACUGAGAAUACUCCCACGCCGUUGUUAUUCCACAAACCCCAGCAUCUCAUCAGCAAUAAGCCAAUCAAGCAGUUCAACAAAACACCUUCUUCUUCCGUCAUUUAGCAACGUCAAUGCAAACCAUCAGAUUUCUACCAAGACAAUACAUGCCAUCAACAAGUUACGUAGAGUUUGGUUCAUUUCAUAACGCCGAUAAUUAGUACAGAAACUUUGUAGCCUCGUGUAGCCAACGCAACAGCUUCUAUCGACCCGCAACGGCGGUCAAAUGUGGAGUGUUAAGGAUGUGUAGAGCGGCAACGCCGGGACUACCGUUCGUCAAUGCUAACAAAUAUCAGUAUAUAUUUACUACUAUCCGCCGUAGUUACAAGAAAAACAGUAUUACCUAUAAACUAAAUCUGGAUUAAUAAAUAUGGAUAGGCUGUUAUGCUACUCGUCCAUUUUAAUUGAUCUUCAAUUGACGCCAAUUCAACAAGACCGACCAUUACGCGAUCGAGCGACCAUCUUGUAUAUAACUUCAGUUGACUCGCGUAACGGAUAAGAUAGUGAACGUCUUCAAUCCGUUACGAUCCUCCGACUCGAGAUUAUACCGUCGUACAUAUACCACUUGCCUAUACCAUAAGUACAAUCCCGACAAACAACGAUCCAACAUCCCAGUUGGAAGCAGACUAUUCGACUUCACCGAGUAUUCACCGACUAAUAAUUUUUUAUUUAAGUUUUUACCAGCUUUGUUGAGCAUCCGACGAAUUUCAGGAGUAUUUAGCCGCCCCAUAUACCUGGAAUCGUCUACAUCAUGUAAUAUUCAAUAAUACCCGUCAGUGACCCGUCGGGGACACACGUUCGCUUCACAAUCUGAAUUUUUUAAUACCAAUUUUUGCUCCACGACCAAAUUAGAUGCUUAGCCAGUUUAGCAUUCAGAAUCUACCUGAAACAUCCCAUGAAGAACAGAGGACCUUAACGAGACCUCAGCAACCAAUAUAAUAAAAUAAUAAAUUGCAGAGUUCAAAACUCGCUCUUAAAGCUUUUCGCGUAUGUGCGUUUUCGCAGCCGCGAUUCGAUCGCGUUGAUUAAGCACUAAUUGCGCUUCAGAAGACGGAAAGCGUAUGGGGUCAUGGAUAACAAGAAGUUACGAGACCUAUUUUCAACACAGUCACUAGAAAAUCUUCAACCGGAUAUGGAUAGACGACCAUGCUAACUAGGAGCCACAGAAAGUUCAAAUCGCUAAAUUCCACAAAUGAAGACCACGACUUCGAUGACUGCUUUUACAUGUAAUAGUACACAAUAAUAGAGUAACAGAUGCGAUAGAAUGAAAACAGAAAAAUAUAAGAUAUUCACUUAAUGACGUGAAUGAAAACGAUACUCAACUAAAAUAAAAGAAAAAAAGAAAAGUUGAAAGAUCGGAGGUCGACGUUUAGAUGACGACUAGGGUACGCUAGCGAUAGUCAUAGGUAAGCAAAAAGGAACCUACAAGUGAGCUUGCUCGUCCCUGUGACCCCGACAAAUUGCUUCUGCGAUGAUCGAACUCGACUCUGAUAGUAUCAAGUAUGCGGACGCGGAUUCUUUGUACGAGGCACUUUUCCUCACUCUCGAAGCCAUUCUACCCAACCAGGAUGAGAACCGGCUGUCGCCGAGGCAUGCUGUUAUGCCAAAGGGCAGAGGUGCUAUCAGUACCGUGCGGGAUUUCGUCGAGAGCACAAUUGUCCUCCGGAAGGUCCAGCAGGAGUUAGGACUUAGCAUAACUGGCGGCUCUGACACCUACUUUGACGCUGUUUGUGUGUCAGAGGUUCACAAGGACGGGGCAGCCUACCAAGACGGGCGCUUGAAGAAAGGUGACGUCAUUCUAGCUGUAAAUGAGAUGUCGAUGCGGGAGGUAAGUUGGGCUGACGCCGUUCGAGUACUUCGGGAUGCCUCUUCGCCCGUACGCCUCAUGAUACUUCGAGAGAACCCCCAGACCCUAUUCACCAGCAGCGAAAAACCCUCAAAGUUUAUCACGGUAGAACUACACAAAUCAAGCGUGAAAGAUCACUUAGGCCUCAGCUUUAUUCAACGGACGAAUGGUCGAGGAGUUUUCAUUACCUACGUUCCGGGAAGUAUUGCGGCACGGUGUCGCCGCAUUAUGCAAGGCGACAGAAUCAUGGAGAUCAAUGGUGUUAACGUACACAACUCAAAUCAAAAAGAUGUUGCUGAGAUGAUUCGGAAUAUGGACGGUGCGAUCGUGUUACUACUGGGACGGGUCCCCGGGUUAACCGCUCGAAUCCAGGAGUGGGCCCGUCGGAAGUCCCAGCAGUCGCUGCGCACUAGGACUUCCACUUGGUCAUCAUACACAGGCAACAACAAAGAGAAAUUACAGAUUCAGCGUCCAUCUUUGCCCCUUUCCUCCGAAAGCUACGUUGUCUCCUUCGGUAACACGGUUGCGUCAAUGCUAGUCGCCACCUCGAGCCCAAGUGGACCCGGCAGUAGAAGUAGGGAGAUUUCGCCCUCACCCAGCAUCAGAAGAUCUCGACUAUCAAUGGUAAGCGAGAACACAAACAUAAACGAUUCUGAAGAAUUGUCCUGGAAACAACAUCAGCAGAAAAGCUCGAGAGGGGCAAAAGAUCGCGCGUCGACAAGCUCAGACACCGCACUCGCGGAGGGGACUGGACUUAAGGACAAAGAGAAAAAUGUAGUGGGACGGACGUUCAGUGCCACCUAUACAGAACACGGCAGUACUAGCCCAGGUACUGCGAAAGCCGCUAAAGGCAAAGAGCCAGCAAGAACUGUACCUAGCAUUAAGAUCACCGUAUUCUAGCUUUUAUCAUCCGCCUUUCGCAGGCCUAAUCACAACAACGACAGCAACUAUGACUGCUACAUUAAAAAGACGAUUACGCCAAACGUUGCUGUUAUUACGUCGAAGAUAAACAGACAGUGUCAGCAACUGCCAGCACGUCAACGAUAUACAAUACCCAUGUACAUAUCUAACUAGGCAAUAGCGGUAGAUAGCUGCUUUUUUUGGGCUAUAGACGGUACACAAUAAUCGACCAUUUCAUUCUUAAUGUUCAUUUUUCAAAAGCCAUUUGUUUGACCCUCGGCAAGCGUCAUCAUUACUACCCAAAGCAAAUGAACAAUGCGCAAUAUCCAUUAAAGAUCCGAAACUGUUCUCCUAAAUAAUAAAAAGCCUGAUGUCGAUUGGGUUGCGACUAAGUAGUUAAUUUUAUGAGAACACAUGAGUUCAAAUAUAACACAAUGCUCUGCACGCUAGUGUUACAGUUGAUCAGACAGCUGAAGUGAGCGCUCAGAGAAUAUACUAGAUUGGUUCUGAAAAGGAAACUGGAGAUAUAAAGCCACAGUAACUUACAUAGAAGAACAGUGUGCUUCCGAUCGAAUCCAAAUGAAUAUAACGAUAUAUAAAUAGAUUGACACAUAAAAUAAUCGUUGGUUAUGUUGCGGCCAAACGAUCAGUUACUUAGUUAACUACGGUUAUCGUCAUUGAAGGUGAACGUACGUUGUCUUGGCUGAUAUUUUACUCAGAUGUUGAACCAGAACGUAUCACGUGUGCGCUAUGAACACGCCAUCCAUCAGAACGGUCAGUGCAAUGAAUUGCAGUGUAAUAAUUAGACUAACAUGGAUAGAAAAACCCGGUAGAGAUAGCGUAUCAACAAAUCGAGUGUAUAUGGACUAACAGGCCGCAACGACGAUCCCAGCUGAGCCGUUUUUCUACGCCAACAAACGAGAACAGCUAACGAUAUUUUCCCAACAUUCAUAGCUAUCUCUCUAGUAUUGAAGUUCCUCUAUGGAAGUUUUCGUCCGAGUCACGACCCAGUUGCUAUGCGCAAAGAUGGCGAAGCUUUAACUAAUUCUUGGAUAGUUGUCAGAAACCGUUAAGCCCUAUACACAUCCAACGUACUCUGCAGCGGUUUGCGAACAUUCAACCCGGGACGGGAUUAUAGUCUUUGCAUGAAACAGGAGCAAAUGAUAUUAGCCUAGAUUGAAGCCUAUGAACGGUCAAUUGUUCAGGAAGUGUUUGUCUGACGAUUCUGACAUAUAGAAGCUAAAUCGGCUAUCGGACUAAACAGACUGACGCGAUAAAUGAACGAAUAAAACGAGCCAAAAAUACAUUAAAAAACGUGAU